GCCAGCUUGCAUGCUCUUUUAUCCACAACCACCAGCCACGGAGGUGCGUACCAUGAAACAGCUGAAAACACAUGCAGCCACAAUCAUGCCAAGUGCCGCCGCCACAAAGUCACUGUCACAUGGCCCAAAUGAUGCACGAGGCAGGAAAGAAGACCUUUGGAGGUUUUAACGAUGAUUGAGUUGACGACGUGACGAGGCGGAACUUCCACGCCGACGGACCGAGCGAGCGAACGGCACCGACGCCGGCUGCGGAACGAACCCACUGCUGCUUACCAGGCCUUUCCUCUGGAUAACAUUGUAUCAAAACUUGAUGUUUUUAUUGCUUUGAACGCAGGAAAGAACAAUGGUGGCAGGUUGGAGAGCUGGAGCCGACUUAUACGUGGAAAUACGUUUUUUUUUUCAUUUAAAUAAGCUUGUCCCCUGGGUGGUUAAAGCCUGAAAAAAGUUUGACUUUGUUGCUGUCGCCAUGGAGGAGCAAGAGAGGGAGAUUUCUUACGCCGACCCCCCGGCGUCGGACAGCGAGGUUGUGGUCGUGGUGAAUCCGAGUCGAGUGCGCCCUCCGCUGGGCGUGGUGCUCGCCACGGUGCUGUACUGCGCCGAGCUGCUUAACGCCGCCGUGCUGUGCAGCAGCUACCACCGCACGGACGACGAGCACUGGCUGGGAUUCACCAUCACCUUCAUGCUCCUGCCGGCCGUGCUCAUCCAGAUGACCCUCAUCUUCAUCCACAGGGAUGUGGGCCGAGACCGGCCACUGGUCCUCCUGCUGCACCUGCUGCUCCUUGGGCCUAUUAUCAGGUGUUUCGAUGCCCUGAUGGUGUACUUCCAAGCUGGCAGGAAGGAAGAGCCUUACGUGACAAUCACCAGGAAGAUUUACUUGAAGAGGGGCCAGGGCACACGCACCGAGUGCGAAGUCAGCCGCUCGGAGCGCAUCCUGGCCACACACAGGAACGCCUUCAAACGCACCACCGUUAUCCAGGCUUUCCUGGGCUCCACGCCGCAGCUCACGCUCCAGCUGUACGCCACCAUCCAGGAGAAGUACAUCCUCCCCAUCCGAUUGACUCUGAUGAUCAUCACCAAGAUCUCCAUCAUAUACGGGGCCCUGGUGUGCAGCGUCCUGGCCAUCCAGAUCCGCUACGACGACUACAAGGUGCGCUUCCGCCCGUCCGCCUACCUGUGCAUGAUCCUGUGGCGGGGCCUGGAAAUCACCACGCGCAUCACCGCCCUGGUACUCAUGAGCACGGCGCUCACCCAUUGGGUGAUCCUAGUGGGCAUGGCCAACCUGAUCUUCUUCUUCUUCCUGCCCUGGGCUGAGUUCUGGGCCAAGAAGGGCUCGCUGGCCAAGGACGUGGAGAAGAACUUCUCCAAGCUGGGGACGGUGGUAGUCUUGUGCUUGUUCACACUGCUCUACGCAUGCAUCAACGUCUUCUGCUGGUCGGCCGUGCAGCUGGACCUCAGCCACGGCGAGCUCAUCGACCGCAAGCAGCGCUGGGACCGACUGGCCAUUUACUACAGCGCCCGCUUUGUGGAGAACCUGCUCCUCAUCACAUUGUGGUACUUCUUCAAAUCGGACUUCUACGAGUAUGUGUGCGCGCCGCUGCUCGCAAUCCAGCUGCUCAUCUGCUACAGCCUGGCCGUGCUCUUCAUGCUACUCUUCUAUGAGUUCUUCCACCCGUGCCGCAGCCUCUUCCGGCAAAAUGUCCACGACUGCCUGCGUCGCAUCUGCUGCUGCAGAGGAACAGGCCAGGACCAGAGGCAUACGAGGAAGAUGGCCCCGUCCUACUCCACUGCCGCCACCAUGGUGCUGAUGCCCGAUGAGCCCCAAGAGCCACUUGACCCGCAGAACCUCAACAGUGACACGGAUCAGCAGGAGACAGCCAUACUGGACGACAUCACGCAAUAUGCCUGAGAUCGCAAUAGUAGGAACACCCGCAUCAUCUGGCAGCAGUGAUUUCCAACCAAUGUUCCGGCUAAAUCAGUGAGCCGUGUUGUGACCACUUUAUCAGCUUUGCCGCAACAAAAGAUCCCAUUUCACUUAAAUUCUCUGAAAAUUAUUUUUUAUGACAAAUGUUGUCUUUGUUAAUCUAUCUGUGCCAGUGACGUUUAGUGACAGGUGGAACAAUUCCAUAAUCUUCCAUACAGUGGUGCCCUGAUGUUUAAUUUAUUCUGUGACCACACUCGUAACUCAAAAUUUUCCUACUGAAAUGAAUGGAAAUACCAUUAGUUAUAGCCCCCCCCCCC